GAACCACUAGGAGCUCAUUGCUACUAGUUCAGACCUGAUCUUUGACCCACAGAUUUUCGGCCCCGGCAUGUCGCUGUCCAAAGACAAAAUGAAGGUUUUCUACAGUAGUUGGCUGGGGCAAUGUUCUGCCACUCUUCUAAUCCGUAGUACCCAGAUGUUUCCUAUCUUUCAGGGGUGGGUGGUCAGUCUUUCCCAAGACUCUGACUGGACUGUUGGCCUCUGUGACAAAGAGUCUGCAAAGAACUUUGAGAAGAAGGAUGCACUUGUCUAUGGUCUGUGCUGCGAAGGUAACCAGCUCAGCUCUCUCACGACAGAGUAUGAUGAUUGUUGUGAUGCCUCAGUCAGUUCAAAAGGUCUUGUUGGGCAGCCGAAAAAUGUCACGACCACGAAAGAGAAACAACGCAGGGUUUCCUCUGCAUUAAUAACACAUCGGGGCCAAAACGGAGAUGAGGCCGCACCACGACCCGGAGUGGUGGAGGUGAUUUGGAACUUUGGCGCUUCCUCGCUGUCCUUCUUCAGCAGAACCGGACGGCACCAGAGGGACGAAAUAAUCACAAUUAAUAUGAGCCUCAACAACAGGGACCUGGCCCCCUUUGUUCGAAUAGCAAAGAAAAAUGCCCAAAAUCUCCCCAAGCAGCAGUGGCAGUGCCCCUGUGGGAAGGUUUACAACUACAACAGCAGCAGUGGAUACAGCACUGAAUACAGCAGGGAAAAAAACUUUAAAAGGCACAGCUACUCUCAAGUGGUUAAUUGUUUCUGUGGAGCCAUUAUUGGUGAAAUAUGCACCACAGAGGUAGUUUGUGAACUUGAGUAAUGGGUGGGACACCGCUGAUCAUUGCUAAUCAUUAUAAAAAGCUAAGAAGUGCAUAGCUACAAAUAAUGGCAGUAAUGACAUAUUUUGCUUAUCAUUGGAGGAGUAUAUUACUCAUUUAGUGUUAUGUUGCUGACAAUAUAUAAUGCUUUAGUGCAAAUAUCAAUAAUGAGCCAAUAGGAUUCUUUUUAGUGUUUAAAAUACACUUCAUAUACUAUAAUAAAAUGUCACAUAUUCAGCUUUCACUGUUUGUUUUGGGAGUUACUUCUAAUGUACCAUGAUCAUUUUGUUUUAACGUCUACUUUUUCUGCCUGCUGGUGUAAGGUGUUUGUCUCCAUCUACUGGUGGUGAAUGCAUCAUUGUUCUCACAUAGUGCAGUUAUCUUUCAGUCAGAAUGGAAACAAGGAAUUUGUGUCUUUUGUGUCGUACAUUGAUUUUGAAUGAUCCGAUCAAUAAUAAAAGCAGUCAAAUUUUAAGA